AUUUCGUUUCUGGAGAUAAACAAAGAAGACGCCAUAUAUUACACAAGGUAUUAGGUAUACGCGAUUGCGGUAUGGCGUUCUCCAUGGUCAAAUUAUACAGCUGGUACAACGAAACUUAUGCGGAAAUCGGAGACUGCCGUACAAUCUGACCACGUUUUAAAGUUUGUGUAUGACAAAGAUGCGCAGUUUAUAAGGGGAAUUGUGCAAGCCUCCAUGCGAGACCGGAGCUACAGGUUACUAUUACUCUUGGUUCUAACUACACAGUUGAACAGAGUACCUGUGAAUGUGUACAUGGGAUGGACAAAUGUCACCAUAAAGCCAGCAUUCUUCUCUAUGGCAAUGCAUUGGAUACUAUCCCCCGAGCCGCCUGUGCCCACACUUGCAGUGCCUCUAGUUGAAGACCUCAUCUCUAGCCAGGAAUUUAUUUCUGCAGAGAAUCCAAUCGCUUGGAUGAAGCAAAAAUUAAUGAUAAAUGAGCAAGAAAUCCAACAGAUUGCCUGUCUUACCACUGGUCAAAAGGAAAAUUGCAUGUGGUCAUCUGUUAGGAAGAAUAGAUCAACAGCUUCAAACUUUGGUUGUGUUUUGGCAGCGAUCAAGAGAAAUAGAUAUCCUGUCUCCUUAUACAAAAGAUUAUGCUCAGCUUAUGAUCUGUCAAAGAAGGAUGCCAUUAUUUGGGGGACGUGCAAUGAAAAAGUCGCAAUUGAAAAGUAUAGAACUUUUGGGGAUGCAGUUGUAGAGCCAACAGGUAUCUGGCUACACUGUAAUGGGGUUCUUGGGUCAAGCCCCGAUGGACUCAUUCGUUGUCCUGCUGCAUUCGGAUUCAGCUAUCAGAAUCCAGGACUCGCUGACAUAUUAGAGAUGUCAAACGUUAAGCCAGAAAUACUGGAGGUGAAAUGCCCCUUUUCAGCAAAGAAUAUGACAAUUCCAGAAGCUAUUGAAAAAGUACACGAUUUCUGCCUAGGUAAUAAUAGUGUAGGUUCAGGAUUUUAAUGGAGUCAAGUCCUUCAAGCUAUGAGAGAAC